AUACAACGCCCUGGCGAGAGAGCCCUGGGGAGCUCCAGCGCGCGCAGCGCAGCCCCAGCCCCAGCCCCAGCCCCGCGGCGCGCGAACGCACCCUGCCCAUCCCCGCCCCGCUGGGACGCCACCCGCGGCCCGCAGCAGGGCUGAGCCGUCAGCACCAGAGCCAGCGAGGGGCGGGGCUUCUGACACAGCCCCAGCCGCCCCAGCGCAGCGCUUCGAGCUCCGGCCUGAUUGUCCUCACUCCCGUCCCCCCCCCCCCCGCCCGCCGGAAUGGUCCGGUCCGGGUGAUACAGUCCGCUUCUCCCCCUUCACCUCGGGCGGCCGUGGGGCGAGGCCGUGAGCGGCGCUCGAGGCCCGCGCUCGCAUGAUGGCGGCGGCGGCGGCCCCCGGCGGCUAUUUCCGUUGCGCCAACCGCUUCUGGAUGGGCGUCAUCGCCCUCUCCAUAGGCUCCUUCGCUUGGGCAGUCUUUUUACCUUCAACAAUACCGUACGAGAAUCUGGGACAACUUGGCCAUUUUACUAAAUAUUUAGUGGACAACCACCCCAAACUUCUAUAUAAUGGGUUUUGGCUUGCUUGGGGAAUUCAUAUAGCUGAAGCAUUGUACAGUAUCAAGUUAUGCAAGACCAAAGGCAUCACUGACAGCUCUGUUCAAUGUCUAUGGUUCAUCCAAACCUUCCUCUUUGGUAUAGCUUCUCUCUCCCACCUGCUAGCCUACAAGCCUCCACCUAAGAAGCAGAGAUAAAGGAUUGGGAAAGAAGCAAAUGAGGCUAAUAUAUCUCUACCUUGUUCUCAGAAAGUGGAUCCACCCUAUGUGUUUAGUUGCUAUGAAUGAUCUAAAAUGCAUUUCUUGUUAUGUGAGCCAGUGCACUCAUGCCAAGGCAGUCUUAUGGUAUCACAGCUAUUAUUAAAUGCCUGGUUUGAGAUAUGGGCUCACUUGAUAGCUCAAGAAAUUAGUACGGGAACAUGGAGCAUCUCACUUUGUGAUUGCAAAAUGCAGUCCAUAUUGGGUCAGAGACCAAAUAUCACUGCCCUCAGUUUGUUUUUUAAUGGCCUAUGUCUAAAGCUACAAUUUUGUCACUGAGGUUGCAGAAGUCACGGGUGGUAGAGGGCCACAGGUGACUCGUGGGAGGGACACAAAGGGGGCGCCACCUAAAGGGGAGGAUGUGUCCUCCCCAUGUGACUCCUUGCCACCCCUAGCCAGAGCCCCUGUGUUCUCCCCGUCCCCUCCCCAUCCCAAAUUACCCUCGGGCGGGGGGGCGGGCUCUGUCCUGCUGUGCCAGCACCCCCUGGCAUGUUCAGCUGCUCUUCCUGGCAGCCAAGCCCCAGAGCCACGCCCAGAUGCUGCCUGGUGCAGGACAGCAGCUUCCUGGGAGAGUGCCUGGCUGUCAUGAAAGUUGUCUCCCACCCAGGCUUGGCUUCUGGACAGUGGCUGAGCAAGUCGGAGCCCCGCCCCAGACUGCUCAGAGUCAGCUCCUGUCCCCAGAAGCUGAGCCUAGGCUGGGGGCAGCCUGCUGCUGCCACAGGCAGGUGCUCUCCCAGUCAGCUGCUGCACUGCAGCAGGCAGCAUGGCUGGAAGAGGAGAGGCUCUGGCCCUGCCUCUUCCCUUCCAGCUCUGGCCCCAGGCCUGCUGCUGGGGGCACUUGACCCAGCUGGAGGGGCACUUAGCCCUCUGUGCUCCUACCACGAGUCGCCCCUGUGGGGGGCCCCCAUGUCUCCCAGCCACGGAGGUCCCAGCCAGCCAGGAGAUCCUGGAACUCUGAACCAUAGGCGGUGGGGGCCCCUGGAGUGCUGAGCUGGGGACCCUGCAGCUGCCCCAUUGCUGUGGGUGGUCGGGGACCCCAGGGCCCCAGCAAUGAUGUGUGCUGGACCCUUCUCCCUACCCAUUUUGUUACGGAUAUUUUAAGUACAAGUCAGGGACAGGUAAUGGGCUGCUGUGAAUUUUUGUUUAUUGCCCGUAACUUGUCCCUGACUUGCACUAAAAAUAUCCGUGACAAAAUCUUAGCUUUACGUAUAUCGUGUGUUCAGUUUGCUUCUUACUGAAAACCACAAUUCCUCUCCACUCCCACCCAAAGAAAACCCCACCACACUAGUUAGCAUUAGGGAUUAAGGCAGAACUACCCUUUUUUUGGUAGUAGUUUUUCUUCCACAUCAGCAGAGAGACACUUUACUUAUGUAGUGUAGAGAAGUCUCUGCCUGUUCUAGGUUAGAACUGUUUUCCCAGGCUUUCAGUAAACAGUUUUCACCAACAUUUUUGGUUGAAAUUCCACUACAUGUUUUUCUCUAGUUCAGUCUUCCCACAUCAGAGGGCAGUGUCCCUAAGGUUGCAGGAACACUAACAAGUGGCUUCAUUACACAGGAUGAUGUGUAAUGAUCUGAGCCAGAAUAUGUAGUGAAGCAAUUCACUCUGUUAAUUUAAGGUGACAGAGAACUUGUUGAUGGUACUCAGUGCAGCUAUUUUCUGAUAGACUGAUUAACAAUACAUAGAAGUCGGAUACAAUAGAAAUUUUAGAAGGUUAAUUAGAAGGAUUUCUAGAUAACAUUUUCUUAUCUCAAAACAGAAGUCUUUUAUAUCUACUUUUACUGUAAUGAAGUGUAAUUAACUUUUCAAAUAGAUGUUAAUGCACUGGUCCAAGAGACUCUGUAUUAUGCAGUUCCCCAAAUAUAAGGAGUAAAAUGCUGCUCCAUCUUUCUUAGACCACCUCUAAUAAGCAGUCAAUUUGUCUGUGGUUUGACAGCUUUCACUCUACUGUACACUAUGUAUCUGUCUAUUUAUUGUUGGACAUUUCAGUAGUAUUAAGAGAUUGAAAAUGUGUUCUGUCAUGUUUUAACAUUGCUCCAAAGGAGCAUGACCACUUAAAAUAUCUGAGCUGCUAAAUUCAAAAUAUUUUUUGGGGGAAAGACUCCCUGAUGGCUCUUACAGAAAUGGAGAGAGCAGUUGCCAGCUCCCGAGCUGCAGUAGUGGAGUCACCGUGAGUAAUCUUAAAUAUCUCAGGUGGUGCCUACAUCAGCCUGUGAACCAAGGCUGCCAGAUCUCUCAAUGCUGACACUGCCUUUUUUAAGCAGUUAGUAAAGGGGUGCAGAGGCUUCAUUCAAGCACUAGAGCAUAGAGAGUUAACUUCUUGACAAAUUCUGCUCUAAGUGUAGAGGUAUAUAAGGCACACCUGAAGAGUUACCUGCUACAAAAGAACAGGGUGUGAGAGCACAAGCUUUGCUUCAUUUCUUCAUUCCCCCCACCCCUUUAGAACUUCUGAUCCUUGAAACCUAAAAAUAAAAAAUAGAAAGAAAAA